AUGCCCAACCUGUGCGUGUCUGCGACCUUCAACCCUCCCGUCAUCACCAUGCUGGGAUCCGCUCUGCGGGAGGAGACCGUCAAGCUUUUGGAGCAGCGCAUUCCCACAGGUGUUUCCACAUCUUCAAGUCCUUCGAAGGAUCCGGUUAAGUUUCUUUUCUACCCCAACCCUGACCACUGGCGCAUGGAGCUCAGCCAGCAUUUCUGUGACGAUCUGCACAAGUCAGCUGUGUUCCUUACGAUUAUUGAGGGUUUGGAAGGGGAGGGUUGGAACCUGCGUGCCUCCAACUCUAUUCGCGACUCGGAGUCGGGGAAAGACACAACCAAGCUGUUCUUUGCAAGGAGGAAUUAG